GGCCGUCUACGCGCGCAGCGCGGUUGCAGCUCUCCUGUGCUGCCGGCUGCGAUUCUCGUCUGCCAACCUUUGCUGCUGCUGCUAGCUGCGCGGUUUUUUGUGUGUGUCGUCUGCAGCUUGAGGGCUUCUGUUGUUUCCAGCCGUCUCGCGCUGCAGCACGAGCGCGAUCGUGCGCCGUUCGAGUUUGUGUGUGAGUGUGUGAAUUCGCGUGUUCGACAACGAAGACGAUUUCGAAUAACUCUUCGCGGUUAGACGCCCCGGCGUAGCUUCUCGUCGGCUGGAUGGAGUCGUCGUCGGCCGACGACGCGCCCGCUAGCGACGUCGACGAUGCGGGCCCACCAACACCGCCGCUGUCUUCCAAAGACGACGGCGACAGCACUUCCGUGGCUUCGUCGGAUCACGGUGAUGGAGCUUCCGCCGCCAGCAGAGCCACUGCUUUUGUGGACAGCAUCAAAGCCAAGUACUUCAGCAAGAGCCUGAGGCUGGGUUCCGGAGGCGGCGACGCGUCCUCGGCGAGCGCUAGCAAGAAGCAGAAGGUGCAGCUAUGGGACAGCGUGAUCAACGUGGUGCUCGUCGAAGGUCGUAACCUGCUGGCCAUGGACGACAACGGGUUCAGCGACCCCUACGUGCGAUUCCGUCUUGGCUCCGAGAAGUACAAGAGCAAGAAUGCCAUCAAAACCCUGAAUCCCCAGUGGCUGGAGCAGUUCGACUUGCACAUGUACACGGACCAGCCCAAGGUUCUCGAGAUUUCCGUGUGGGACAAGGAUUUUAGUGGCAAGGGAGACUUCAUGGGAAGGUGCUCGAUCGACCUGAGCAGCCUGGAGCCGGAGACGACGCACUCGGUGUGGCAGCAGUUGGAAGAUGGCGCCGGCUCGCUGUUCCUGCUGCUCACCAUCAGCGGCAGCACGCAGGGCACCAGCUGCGUCUCGGACCUGACCGCCUUCGAGGCGACCGGCGGUUCCUGCGCGCGAGAGAAGGCCAUGCGGGCGCGAUACGGCCUGUUACACAGCUUCUAUGACUGGGACGAUGUCGGACACCUCGUCGUCAAAGUGUACAAGGCACAGGGCCUGGCCUCUGCCGACCUGGGAGGCAAGAGCGACCCGUUCUGCGUGCUCGAGCUGGUCAACUCGCGCCUGCAGACGCACACCGAGUACAAGACGCUGUCGCCCGAGUGGAACAAGAUAUUCUGCUUCAAGGUCAAGGACAUUCACUCUGUCCUGGAGCUGACUGUCUACGACGAAGACCGCGACAAGAAGUGCGAGUUUCUUGGCAAGCUCGCCAUACCCUUGCUCAAGAUCAAGAACGGAGAGAAGAAGUGGUAUGGACUGAAGGAUCGGAAGCUCAAGACGAGGGUGAAAGGCCAAAUCUUGCUCGAGAUGUCAGUGGUCUACAACCCUGUAAAAGCCUGCGUGAAAACAUUCAAUCCGAAGGAAACGAAGUUCAUGCAGCUUGAUCCCAAGUUCAAACGAAUUGUGUUCAUGCGCAACCUGACACGUGUGAAGAACAUCGUGGUAUUUGUCAUCGACAUGGGGAAGUUCCUCAACAACUGCUUUCUCUGGGAGUCCGUGCCGAGGUCCCUUCUGGCUUUUUUUUCGUUCAUGGUGAUCACGUACACGGCCGAACUGUACAUGCUUCCGCUUGUUCUGCUGCUGGUGUUCUUCAAGAACCUGCUAGUGCUCACCGUUGCUGGCAUCCAGGGUGCGGGAAGGGAGGAGGAGGACUUCAACGAAGAAGAUGAAGACGACGACGACGAGGAGAAGGACUCCAAAACAGAAGAAAAGAAGAGCCUCAAGGAGCGGCUGCAAGCCGUCCAGGAAGCCACGGCUACCGUUCAGAAUGUCCUUGGAGAAGUGGCGUCGCUUGGAGAAAGAAUCAACAACACGUUCAACUUCAGCGUGCCUCAGCUGUCCUGGCUGGCCAUCGUCGUGUUGCUGUUGGUCACCUGCAUCCUGUACUACGUGCCCAUCCGCUACGUCGUGAUGGCCUGGGGUGAUGUACCGCGAGUUGCGGCCGGCGCCCAGCGCGGCCCUGGAGGCCGAGCGCAAGAAGAAGAAGAAGAUCAGCUGAUCAUGGGCGGCCCGACGCCAGGGCUGCUCGCUCAACGUGUUUCGCAUCAAGGACAACGAAGCCCUGCGCCGGCGCCUGCAGCUGCCGCGCUGGCCGUUCGGCCUGCCUUCCAGGUGACGCUGGUGUCGUCGCCCACGAUUCUUCGUCAACGCUGGCCGCCUUCUCUGCGGCGAGUCCCACACCGCGGCACAGUGUGAUGCACUCCGGUUUUCAGUCCUGUGUUGUCUAUGUCAUUGCGUUCAUCUCUCUAGGGUGUGUGUCCCUCUUGUGCGAGAACAGCGUCCAUCACGCAGGUGGUUCUGUUCGUCGAAGGAACAGCGCCGAGAGAAAGGUUGUUAAACAGAUCGAGGAAUGUCAUUGUUUACGCGUUGUAAUAAUAAACAAAGCAAGAAUGAUGUUUAGACGAGGAAUGCAAACGUCACCAAACGCCGGAAUCUCAGCGAUUUCUCUUUCCUGGAGAUACGUUACCUAUGGCAUCUUUUACGUGGCUCUCGAGCAGGUCAUGUAGUCGACUUGCGGCCAGCUCGAAGCAUACAGCCUUGCGGGCUGUUGGUGCCAAUGUACCCCAUGCAGCCAACCAGAAGCUACAGCUUACAAUGCCCCAAUUUUUUACAACUGCCAAAACAUUCACGUUUCUCGCGAGUGUCUUGCAAAAUACGAUUCUUUCAGCAGAUUCACGUGUCUUUCGAGCGUCUAGCAAAACGCAUAUACUAAGGAGAUUAGUGCGUCCAUUUCAACAGCCAAAUUACUUGCCACAUCGAAAUAGCACGUUUCUUUCGCGUCGUGUUCGAACACCAGGAGGCGCUUGAUUUUUAUCACGUUUUUUCAAACUGCCAUUGUGAGGCAGUUGCCUGUUGGUACCGUUACGAUAUGAAUGGCUUGAUUGUUGACCAUGCGUUCUUGUUAUUGUUGCCGCAACUAGAACGUAAUGUGUUCAAUGAUAAAUGAAUUGUUGUUCCAAUGCAGUUAACAAGCCCGGCGGGCCGCGCGAAGGCUUUUCUUAUUACUGUCAAGACAUUACUAAAAAAAAUUGCGUUCCCUAAGGUUCCCCAUAGAGGCCAUUGUUCGACCGCCGAAAUAAGUUCGGAGUUGCUAUGAGCGCUCUGAAGGCGAACCCGCCGCGGUUUGAGUGAUAAAUAUCCCGUGCCAGGAAUAUGCUUCUCAUCUAAACGAGUUCUGACGGUGCUGUGUAGACGUUUAGUUGCUUCAAACUCGAUGCAAUCUUUGACACGUCUUGGCCGCCUGCAUAUGGGCGGGCACGUUAGGCUUCGUUCUACGGUCAAGUGGUAAGGAGGGUCAAGAAUAAAUCUGAUUGAUCCUUGACGACGUCCCCUGUUGAACCUUAGGUGCGGCGUGUAUGAGCUCACCGCAGGUGAAAGGAACAGGCUGUGGGCUGCUAACAAAACUCUGAAUACGUUGUUAGAUUCGUCCUGCAUUCAGAAAUACUUGUACAUAAUCAAGAUUUCAAAGCUAAAUGCAACGGUUGUUUGUCUUCAUGUUUUCUCGCUGUACAGCCCGUCUGAUGAUUUAUGGUUUCAUCGCAAGUAUUUUGGGUCGCCGAAGUAGGAGGCCGUGCGUUCUUGCCUGUAAUUUGCGUGAAAUGAUGCCCAGACUUCUUGUUGUGUUCAGAAAUACUUGUACAUAAUCAAGAUUUCAAAGCUAAAUGCAAUGCCUGUUUGUCUUCAUGUUCUCUCUCUGUACAGCCCUUCUGAUGAUUUACAGCUUCAUCGCAACUAUUUUGGGUCGCCGAAAUAGGAGGCCAUGCGUUAUUGCCUGACAUUUGUGUCAAUUGAUGCCCACACUUGAUGUUUUGUAGGUUGUGGAAAAAUGCUUUCUCUCAAAGCGUGCGUAUGUUUGUUGGUUUUGUACAGAACACGCACUGUUAUGUGCGUGAUAAUACAUGCCAUAAAGGAAACUGUCGUGCUCUCAAGCGCUUGUACACAUAAGUACGUAUACUCCACAUUCUGCACGGUGCCAAAGAUGUUUCAGUGCACUCUUCCACCACGAGUUGGUUGUCAAGCGUUGUGCUGCUUCCCUUUUUAUUAUUUCAUAUUCUCAAUUCUGUUCUGUUACUGCUCGGGCUAUGUCGAAAGUGGUGUGCUACAGAAGGUGUAAGGAUUUUUCGUCUUUUAUAUGUUUUGUGAUGCUACCACCAUAGCCUUUCGUGUGGCUACUUUAAUUUGCAGCGUGGGUAACUCUCGUACGUUGUCCAAAUUCAAGGAAACGAUGUUAACGUUCGCUCGAUGCUCGAUUACAUUGUUUUUUACUACGGGACAAGGUCUGACCGGUUAAUCGACGGCUCUCAGAAACAAUUUUAGAAGUUAUGUGCGCGGGGAGCUGCCAAAGAUUGCAGACAGGGCCACGCCCACCUUACCUGAUUCAGCAUUGUUUUUGUGUAUACGUGCCUGUGCGUGCAGGAGCAAUCUUUGCGUGAAAUAGAAGAAAAUGAAAUAUUACUGGUUGGACUCCGCAAGCUGAAGGAAACAGAUCAGAGGCACGGCUCGUGGCUCUGAAGUAAGCGAUAAACGAAACUUGAAAUCUAAGCACUUCUUUAGGCACGGCACCGGAAUCACCACACGGAUUGCCUUUCUGUUUUUGAAUAAAUGUUUUUCUGUAUCUCUUCGCUAUGCUUGAGCGCGUGAGCGGAGUGGGUCAUUAAACACACUUAGUUUAGUACUGGAUGUAAGGGUGCGCGGAUAGUGCGCUGAGUCCGAAUCGAAUCGAACAGUGCCAGAAGGGAAUCGAACCGAAUAAAUGUUUAAAUAAUGGACAGCCGUUCUUACCAUUAUUAUGAAAUGAUUUUCACAUCCUAGUAUAUCGCAAACGUUUGCAAGCUUCUGUCAUUACCUUGAAUGUUAUGAAGCGUUGUUUAUUAAAGUCGCUAGUAAAGCAUUAGGGACAAAUAAGCAGUUCGCUCGCAUACUCGGGACUCUUUGCUGAGGGCGAAUGGUAGUGGUUUAGCCGGAGGACAAGUCUGGCUCCUUCAGUUAUGUAUAGCGUGCUGGGACGAAACCGUCGCCGGGAGGAAAUUUGUAGCACUUUUGCACCAAUUUUUAUGUUUGAUCGGUGUCUGUUGAUAGCUUAAGAGAUUCGAAAACUGUUCGAAAGAUGUUCCUAUUUACGAGUAGUGACUAUUCAAUUCGAAGACCGAGUCUGAUUUGACAAAUAUUCGAAUCGCUAUUCGAAAGUUACAAAUAUUCUCACAGCCCUACUCUUAUGAAAACGCUGUAGUAUUAAUAAACACUGUAGCUAUAGAAACGCUCGACACUUGCUAGCCGCGCUGUCAAAAUUUUCGAGGUCAAUUAGCGCACUGCUGUUGCUGGUUGAAGGUUGUUUAAUCGUGUUUACGCAGCACUUCCUACUCUCUUACGAUAUACUCGAGAAAACAGGAACUCUUUCUUACUCUCGAAGUCUUAGGAUUGCCAUCGAUGUACAAGAACCGUCACAUUGUUGACUCGCUGAAUGGCGCGGCCAGUGUUUGACACAGUCGGUGUAUGUUCCUCUGUGUCAAUGUUGUCAAACCAGUUUACUUGUUUCUUGUUCUGAAGGCUUACUGUAAUACUGCACCGUUAGCCUUGAAUUGGAACGUUUCUAAGCAAAAUGAAAUGCUAAUGCAUUAAGAGCCUCGAGUGAGUAUCUCUACAGGAGUGAAUACGCUUUUGUGACUAAUGCAAAGGUGAGCGUGGUCCUGUCGUUGCGUUAUCUUCCGUGCGCUUCUCUCGCUGAAUUCGCAGCCACCCUACUCUUAUUUAACGCUUCUUUAAAAGUAGCUGGCGGCUGCCUUCUUCUUCGCAUUGCGACUAGAACUGCAUCGCUAUGGCUUUCUCUCGUUGGAAAGCGACGCAUGUCGACAGUCGUCUAGUCCACGUCUGCAGUAUCUGCAGGACGCAAACGGUAUCUCUUGAGCAGACACCCCAUUAUUUAGCUUUCCUUAUCCGAUGUCGUGGGGCAAGCGUAAUGUCUGCAUAGAAUCUAGUCGGAAGAUUCAAAGUGUCCACGGAGCAUUCUCACUAAGAAUCGUCUGCUGCCAAUGUACCUCAGAGGCAUUAAAUCUCAUGCUUGAUGUACUGUACUUUUGAUAUCGUAGCUUUUUCCGUGACGCGCGCUGCAUGUUGUAGGAGCAGCGAUUUUAGGACUGAUUUGGCAGUGUUGGCCGUACCUCUUUAAGCCCGGGGCUGCUAAGUGAAACGCCAAAUCACAUCUUCACUUCUACAGCCACUUAUACAAUCGUUGCGUUACGCAUGAGGCAGGCCAGUUACUUAGCUGUGUUCAUAUGCCUUGCGGCAACAGGAUCGCAUGUGUUCACCAGUAGCAAGGCCUCGCUGAUUGGUAUUUUCUCACAUUAGUAAAUAUCCCCCACCCCCCCCCCCCCCUCAUUUUAUAAUUUUCGAGCUCGUCGUCAAGCGAAGGAACACUUGCUGUAAAUAAGCGGCUAUCGCCAGCCGCAUUGUGUUGUUAAAGCGCAACUGCCUUAGUACAUAACUCAAUGCAUUAAGCGAAUGGUGUCAUCAUGAGACACUCGAAACUUGUUUGAAGCCCACGCGACAUACUAAGUGCGAACUAACUUAGUACACACUAAAUUCUUACCUUGCUUUCAUACGUCUUAGGUGAGUAUAGUGUAAUCCGCGAGCACUCACGUGCUGUGUUUACGGCCGCAUAUGCGUAUUAAAAGUAUGAGAUUCUCGCCCUAAGCCGUUGUCUAGACAAGGAACUUCGCAACGAGUUAAACUUUUCCGCGGGCCUGUUUCGAAGCACCGAAAAUUUCAGUACUGCAACAUACAAAUACAUCCCAUUUGCAGCGCGUGUCCUGGAAGACGCUACACAAGCACAUUUGAUGGUUGCUGGAGUAUGUGUCUGCCUGUGAAUACUGUGUAUACAUCUGUGAAUACAACGCAGUGUCGAGAGCUAACCGGACGCGUUUUGUACUUAAGAUAGCUUUGAACCACUGCUUUCCAUGCCUAUCUCUCCUUUCUCCCCGUGAGGCUGUUCAUCGUUCGCUCCUCCGCUAUUGCUCCAGCAAAUUCCCUGACGCUGGAUCCUAUCGAACAUGCCGUGCCUUUUUAAGCUCUGCGUAUAACUAUUAUAUGUAUUUGUGUAUUCGUGCUAUUGUGUGUGUGAAUGUGUGUGUGUGCGUGUGUUACAUGGGUUUGUGAAACACACCCACCAAAGAAAUUGGACGUGGCUGACGGAUCAUCGCAAGGCGUUUCCAAGCGUUUCCCGGGUCGCAGUUAUAACCUUAUCGAUGACAGUGUCCCAAAGAUGACGAAAAUAAGUCCAGGUCAUUUCAAUAAAGCAAAGUUUUUUUCCAAAGGAUGUGUUCCAGAACGUCAACGCAGUAAAUACUUUUAACGAAAUAGUAAUUGCACGCCAUGAGGUUUUACAGCCAUCAGUAUAAUUGUAUGAUUGUGGAAAAAAAGGAACUUUAACUUCUAGUGGUAUCUAUGCUUACAAAUUGACUCUGCAAAAAGUGCUCUUAUCAGCGGUAGUGAUAUAAAAAAUU